CGGCGGCCGAGCGGAAAACUUGCUGUAGGCGCGCCAGACUCAAUUAUGGAAAUGGGAAGUGAAGAAGAAAGAUGGGAGAAGCUGGAUGCAGAAUUUGAUCACUUUGUGGUAGAUAUGAAGCCCUUUGUCCUAAAAUUACCCCAUAGGUCAGAACGCCAGAGAUGUGCUCUUUGGAUUAGAAAAUUGUGUGAGCCUUCAGGAACUGGCACUGGAAUAACGGGCAGGAAGAAUCGGAACCUCUAUGCAAAACUCUUAUUGCAUAUGCUUAAGCGAGGAGUGCUUGAAGGCCCUUUUGCGCAUAGACCUGAGCCAGGGACACUCAGAACUUUACCUGCCUACAUGUCCAUCUAUUUUGAUGAACCAAAUUCUGCACGAGCAGAAGAUCCAAGUCCAGAGGGGUUACCAGACUGGGUAAUGGGUGAGCUGGGGACAAGUGACCACAAAUUAAAUGACUCAUGGAAACUCUCUCCUGGAGAAGAUAGCACUUGGGUGCAGCUGCCAACUGGUGCCUACAGUAGGGAACAGUACCCUGGGCGCCUCCAAAUGGUAUCACAUUCUGUGAGUCCAACUUACGGAGAAGAUGGAGAAAGUGUUACCCCAAAGAUUUCUGAAGUUCAUCUGAAAAAAUCUGCUUUUUCUUUGGAUGACAGUGACAUUGAAGCUCGCCUUAAUAGUUGGAAUCUUGGGAUAGAAAAUCCUCGGUAUCUGAGACAGAAGCCUAUCCCAGUUUCCCUGACAACUCCCAAGUUCAGUCUGAGAAAAUCCAGCAGUUUUCACGAUGAUCAUUCACUCUGUCGAAUCCAUGAGAAAGAGUUUGAUAUGAAGACAAAAAUGGUGGAAGCCCGAUUUCAUGAAGAGAGACUUAAACUACAACAGAAACAUGAUGCUGAUGUUCAGAAGAUUUUAGACAGAAAGAAUCAUGAACUAGAAGAAUUGAAAACUUUAUAUAAAAAAAAGCAAAUUGAAACUGAGGAGACCAUUAGAAAGCUUGAAAAGAAAGUUCAGACCCUUAUACGUGACUGUCAGGUUAUCAGAGAGACUAAAGAAAACCAGAUUGCAGAGCUAAAAAAGAUAUGUGAACAAAGUACAGAAUCUCUGAAUAAUGACUGGGAGAAAAAGCUUCACAGUGCUGUAGCAGAAAUGGAGAAGGAAAAGUUUGAUCUUCAAAAGAAACACACGGAAAAUAUUCAGGAAUUGCUUGAGGACACAAAUGUACGUCUGAAUAAGAUGGAGGGUGAAUACAUGGCCCAGACACAGGCCACAAACCAGAUGGUCAAAGAACUGGAAGCCCGUGUCCAGCAGCUGACCGGAGAAGCAGAGAACAGUAAUUUACAGAGGCAGAAAUUAAUUCAGGAAAAAAUGGAACUUGAGAGAUGUUACCAGAUAACAUGCAAUGAAUUACAAGAAGUAAAGGCAAGGCGCACCACAUUGCAUAAAGAGAAAGACCAUCUUGUGAAGGAGUAUGAGCAAAAUAUGACACUGUUGCAAACUAAGUAUGAUGCUGAUAUAAACCUUCUGAAACAGGAACAUGCUCUGUCAGCUUCUAAGGCAUCUGGUUUGAUUGAAGAAUUAGAACAGACCAUCUGUUUAUUGAAAGAGCAGUUACAGGAAUCAGAACAUCAAAGAAUGGAACAACUAAAGGAUCAAGAAAAUAAAUUUCAAAUGGAGAAAAGUCAUUUAAAACACACCUAUGAAAAAAAGGUUCAUGACUUGCAGACUGAACUUGAUAAAGAAAAAGAAGAUGCUCAAAAGAAAAUUCAUAAAUUUGAGGAGGCUUUGAAGGAAAAAGAGGAGCAGCUAACUCGUGUGACUGAAGUUCAGAGGUUGCAGGCCCAGCAGGCAGACGCUGCCCUGGAAGAGUUUAAGCGGCAGGUGGAACUGAACUCAGAGAAAGUCUAUGCUGAAAUGAAAGAGCAGAUGGAAAAAGUGGAAGCCGAUCUAAGUAGAUCCAAGUCUCUUCGUGAAAAACAAUCAAAAGACUUUUUAUGGCAGUUAGAAGAUGUCAAAAAGAGAUAUGAACAGCAGAUAGUAGAGCUGAAGCUGGAGCAUGAACAGGAGAAGACGCACCUAUUACAGCAGCAUAACGCAGAGAGGGAUAGCCUAGUCCGAGACCAUGGUCGGGAGAUUGAAAACCUGGAAAAACAGCUUCGCGCUGCCAACAUGGAGCACGAAAAUCAAAUUCAAGAGUUCAAGAAACGAGAUGCACAGGUGAUUGCUGACAUGGAGGCCCAGGUUCACAAGCUGCGAGAAGAGCUGAUUAACGUGAACUCACAGAGGAAACAACAGCUGGUAGAGCUGGGUCUUCUUCGUGAAGAAGAAAAGCAAAGGGCUGCAAGGGACCACGAGACUGCUGUCAACAAACUGAAGGCUGAAUCAGAGAAGAUGAAGAUAGAGCUGAAAAAAACUCAUGCUGCAGAGACAGAGAUGACGUUGGAAAAGGCCAACAGCAAACUGAAGCAGAUUGAGAAGGAAUAUACGCAGAAGCUUGCCAAAUCUUCACAGGUCAUAGCUGAGCUUCAGACCACCGUUUCCUCUCUCAGAGAGGAGGGCAGCCGGCAGCAGCUUGCUGCAGAAAGGCGGCUCCAGGAUGUUACACAAAAGUUUGAAGAUGAGAAGCAGCAGCUGAUUAGAGAUAAUGACCGAGCAAUCAAGGCUCUACAAGAUGAACUGAACACUCGUACGAAUCAGUUGCGAAGUGCCGAGAAAAAGUUACAGCACAGAGAACUGGAGUCCCAAGAGCAGAUAACUUACAUACGACAAGAAUAUGAAACAAAAUUCAAAGGGUUGAUGCCAGCAUCUCUAAGACAAGAACUCGAGGACACCAUUUCCUCCCUCAAAUCUCAGGUGAACUUUCUGCAGAAGAGAGCAUCCAUCCUUCAAGAAGAGCUGACCACAUACCAGAGCAGAAGGUAGCCACCCAAGAGCUGGCAGUGGAUGCAGUUAUGGGCGCUGCGCUGUGGAUGUCUUCCUGCAGGUUUGAAGAUCAGUGGCAUUUUUUAAGACUUAAAAGUAUGUAAUUAAGAUCAUAAAAACAUGCAUCAUUCCCACUAGUGGGGUGGUUUUCUUUGUGUCUGCCUAAGUUAUUUUUUUAAAACAUCCCUUUCUUUCCGAUUUCCACAUCUGUGUGCAUCUGUGUGUGCAGAGAGUUGCUUAUAUUAGGGAAAGAAUUGAUGCCUCUGACCAGCCUGGCUAAUGCUUUUGCACAGAAUUUUACCAGUUGCAUAUGAUCAACUCAUGCCUGUAGCAUCCCAUCAAAAAUUUUCAUGUUUACAGUGUUUUCAUGUUCAUAUAUUAUUAAAAUAUUAUUUUGUACUUA